AAUCACCGCACGAAUCACGGAGAUUGGCAUCUCCGCCGUCCAAUCGCAGCGCGGUGCGCUCGGAUCUGGAGCUUCGGAGAUGUUGCUCCGCGCCGCGCUUAGUGCCGCCGCCUCGCUGGCCCGCUGCAGUCCGGGGCUGCUCCUCCCGUCGCCGCCGCGCCCUCCUCCAUCCGCCGCCAUGGCCACGCUGAACCAGAUGCACCGGCAGGGCCGCCCCGCGCCCCGUCCCCGCAAACCGGGGCCCACCCUGGGCCGCCCGCAGAUCAAGGGCGUGGUGCUGAAGAACCUGAUCCGAAAGCCCAAGAAGCCGAACUCGGCGAACCGCCGGUGCGUGCGGGUGCGGCUCAGCACCGGCCGCGAGGUCAUUGCCUUCGUGCCCGGCGAGGGCCACAACCUGCAGGAGCACCACAUGGUGCUGGUGCAGGGCGGGCGCACGCAGGACCUGCCCGGCGUCAAACUCACCGUGGUGCGCGGGAAGUACGACUGCGCCCACGUGCAGGCCAAGAAAUGAGCGGGGACCCCGGCGUGGGGGUCCCAGGAAUGCGCCCGGCCCGGGAUGAGGCUCCCAGGGCCCCUCGGGGUGACCCUCGGGGUGACCCUCACGUGGGGUGGCCCCCAAAAUCACCCAAAACCCACCCAACCUCAGGGUCACCCAUGUGCUGGCCCUGGGUGUUUUUUGGAUUAAAAUUUGGUGGUGACAUGG